AUGAAUUUUCUAUUCAAGUCGCUGUCGAAUUUCCAGUUUCCUUAUGCACUGGAAACUGAACCAGCUUUCAGUUCGCCCUUUUAUUGUGCUAAUCAGGGCACUAAAAAGGCCGAUUCGACACCUGUCACGGUUUUCACGUAUUCUAAGCAAAAUAAUGGUCCUGAGGCAAAUGAGAUGGUCGCAAACGUUGCUAAAAUGUCCAAAAUUCUAAAAAUCCCCGGAUUGGCGCGUGUAAUCGACGUAAUAGACACGGAUCAAUCAAAUACCUAUAUCGUGACCGAACGCGUGCAUGCGGUCAAACUGGAACAGCUCAGUCGCGAUGCGAUAUCCCUGGGGCUCAUUCAACUCACGAGAACACUUGAUAUUCUACAUACACAGGCGGAAGUGGUGCUUGCCACGCUGUCUCAGGGAUCAAUUGUGGUAAAUGAGCGUGGAGAAUGGCGAAUUUUCGGACUUGAACUCUGCUGUAAAAAAACUCAACAGUUUCACUUCGAAAGAUGCAACUCCGCUUAUAGAUCUGCAAUGGGUGGAACUUCUUUUGAAAUCCAACAUGCCGCUUUUAGCACAAUUGAUUCGGUUCUUCUUUCAGGUUUAAUAUCCAGACUCUAUUCACCGUUACCUGGCCAUCUACGACAAAUGGUAUCCGGUCUGGGUAGAGGCUCAAUGUCAAUUGCCCAAGCUUGCCAAAAGCUCCAGGCGACUUUAGAAUCACCUCUACUUACGAUCUACGACAUACUAGUUGAAUUACCGUUGAAAGACCACCAAGGAAAGUUGGUUUGCAUGACAGAUCUGCAAAGGCAGGUAUCGGAAAAUGCUGAUACAUUGCGUAAGGCAUCAAGCCAAUUCAUUGAUGGUCUUCUCAUACCCGAAAUAUCUCAGUGCCUUUCCACCUUGGUAACUACCCUUCAAAGUCAGCCUAUGUCUGCAGGCGUUUCAAUCAUCGUACCUUUUUUGGCAAUCAUUUUUGAUUUGACAUGUUCACAUCAGCCCGCUUCGACCUCACCGGCUGCCUUUGAAAAAUAUGUCAAGCCUUUGAUAUUCGAGAACUUCCGCUUGCCGGACAGGCAGCUACGAUUCCUUUUACUGGUCUAUUUCUCAGGCUAUAUCAAAAAGUUGAGCAAUUCCGAAGUGUCAACUGAAAUCUUCCCCAGAUUCAUUCAAGGACUUUCAGAUUCUGACCCCACAGUUAGAAUACAGACUCUGAAGCACAUUCCUGCAAUAAUCUCUGUCAUUACCGAAAGACAACUGAAUAAUGAUCUUCUUCGACUAUUGGCCAAGACUCAGGUUGACGCAGAUCCUGAAAUAAGAACUUGGACAAUCCUCAUAAUAUGUAAAAUGUCGAGUUUGCUAUCCGCAUCGAGCAACAGAAGUGGCAUUUUGGCGACAGCUUUCACAAAGUCCCUCAAGGAUCCUCAUUUAAAACCAAGACUGGCAGCGCUUUACGGAUUGGAAAAGUCGCUACCACUUUUUGAGCCAAAUACCAUCGCCGACAAGAUUCUUACUGUUAUUGCCCCGAGUUUGCUUGAUAGAAAUUUGCAAGUUCGUUCUAAGGCAAAAAUUCUUUUCAAGCUGUAUUCUUCAGCCCUCGAGGAAGAGGCUCAAAAAAUUCCCUCCGACAAUAGUGAAAAGAUUGAGAUCGAUUUUGAUGCAGAGCUCAACGAUAAAGAUGUCAGCUUAGUGCAAAGCUUUUUAGGAAAUCUGAAGCUUUCGUCUCCACCAGCAGAAGUAUUGGCAACUCGCUCUUCUCCCAACGUUACUGUCUCAGAAAAAACGACAGAUGAUUGGGAUAAUGGCGAUAAUGAAGAUGAUUGGUUCGGCGAGCCAGUUAACGGCGUUUCGAAAAAUGCAAUAAUUACUGAGGGCUCUUCGAUUUCAAACAUCGACAGUAGCGCUUUUAAAUCUACGGAAGUAAAAAUUACAAAAUCAUGGAAUGAUGAUCUGAAUGACGAUGAUUGGGAUAACGCCUGGGACGAGCCCAAAAAUAUCAAUUCUACCAUUAAAAAAUCGUCGCAAUCAAUUGGGACCAUACGCCCCAAACAAAGCAUAGAGCCUCAGGAUGACGAAGAGGAAGAAGAUGGUUGGGACGCUGCUUGGUAG